CUGACCAAAAAGUGAAAAGAGAAGCACGCGUGUACUUUCAAAUUCCUUUAUUUGCAAAAUACUCUUGAAUAUUAUCAAUUGUAUUGUAUUACCUUUUGAUAUAGGAUCAGUAAGGACAGUCAAACCUACUGAGAUAUAAGAAUUUGUCAGUGUUGGUUUGAUGAACACGGUAGAUGUCCUCAGUUGAGCAAGAAUCAUCGUCCAACUCGCCGCCUGCGAAGCGUCCAAGAAUUUGUAACAGCCAUCAGCAGCAAAACUCAGUUGAAAACUCGGUAAACUCCAACAGUCAUCCUUUAGAAACGAUUGAAAUGUCAGACGGUCGAGAGGAAAAAAUGGAGAUCGACGAAGGUCUUUACUCGAGGCAAUUGUAUGUGCUUGGUCAUGAUGCCAUGAAAAGGAUGGCUGCUUCAAAAGUUCUGAUUUCAGGACUCAAAGGACUUGGUGUAGAAAUUGCCAAAAAUGUUGUUCUUGGUGGUGUGAAGUCUGUUACAUUACAUGACACUGGAAGUGUAGAAAGCUCAGACCUUACUUCACAGUUUUAUUUCACCUGUGCUGAUAUUGGAAAGAACAGRGCUGAAGUUUCUUGUCCAAAAAUUUCAGAGCUCAACACAUAUGUACCAGUGUCUGUAAACACUGAAAAUCUUAAUGAAAMUUUUAUUGCAGAAUUUCAGGUUGUUGUCCUUUCUGAUUCAUCAUUGGAUGAACAAAAAUGGGUUAGUGAUUUCUGUCAUUCGAAAGGCAUCAAAAUCAUUAUMUCAAGCACUAAAGGUUUAUUUGGACAAAUCUUUUGUGAUUUUGGUGAAAGUUUUAAUGUGGUGGACACUAAUGGUGAACAGCCUGGGAGUAAUAUGAUAUCAUCAGUUACAAAGGAAAAAGAUGGGGUUGUAACCUGUCUUGACGAGAAAAGACAUGGAUUUGAAGAUGGAGACUGUGUUACAUUUACAGAAGUUAAGGGAAUGACAGAAUUGAACAAUUGUGAGCCCAGGCCAAUCAAAGUUCUAGGACCAUAUACAUUCAGUAUCGGAGAUACAACAGGUUUUAGUGAUUAUAUUAGUGGAGGCAUUGUCCAACAGGUCAAAAUGCCUAGGAYGCUCAAAUUUAAAUCAUUCAGUCAAUCUUUGAUGGAACCAGAGUUUGUAUUGACAGACUUUGCUAAAAUGGAACGACCAGGUCAACUAUUGCUUGCAUUCGUGUGUCUGUCAGAGUACUUAAAAAGAUAUUCAGCAGCGCCUAGACCACGUAAUAAGGAAGAUCAAGAGAAAUUUGUUGCAUUAGCUAAAGAAAUCAAUGGCAAUCUUUGUGCUAAGGUUGAUGAAGUAGAUGCCAAGCUUCUGUCUGCUUUUGCUGACAAURCAAAAGGMGAUGUUUGUCCAAUGCAGGGGGUCAUUGGAGGUAUAACUGCACAAGAAGUCAUGAAGGCAUGCAGUGGCAAAUUCCACCCUAUCAUGCAAUUCCUGUACUUUGACAGUCUGGAAUGUUUACCUGAAGAAGGAGACAUACCAGAAGAACAGUGCCAACCAACUGGUUCAAGAUAUGACUCCCAGGUAGCAGUUUUUGGAAGUGAAUUCCAGAAAAAACUUGGAGAACAAAAGUAUUUUAUUGUUGGUGCUGGUGCCAUUGGCUGUGAACAUCUCAAGAACUUUACCAUGAUGGGUCUUGGCUGUGGUGAAGGUGGCCAUAUUUAUGUCACUGACAUGGACACCAUUGAGAAAUCUAACCUCAACAGACAGUUCCUCUUUAGACCAGCAGAUGUUGGGAAAAUGAAAUCAGACGUAGCAGCAAGAGCAGUGAAAGCUAUGAACCCUGAUGUUCACAUUACUGCACAUCARAACAGAGUUGGUCCAGACACAGAAAAGGUUUAUGAUGAUACAUUCUUCGAAGCCCUGAAUGGAGUUACAAAUGCACUAGACAAUAUUGAUGCAAGAAUGUACAUGGACAGACGGUGUGUCUACUAUCGAAAACCACUAUUAGAGUCAGGAACACUAGGAACCAAGGGCAAUGUACAGGUUGUCCUACCUUUCCUCACUGAAUCCUAUAGUUCUUCUCAAGAUCCUCCAGAAAAGUCUAUUCCAAUAUGCACCUUAAAGAAUUUUCCAAAUGCAAUAGAGCACACGCUACAGUGGGCCAGAGAUUCCUUUGAAGGAUUGUUCACAAUUCCAGCAGAAAAUGUCAAUCAAUACGUCUGUGACCCAAAGUUUAUUGAAAGAACUGAUAAAUUACCUGGAAUGCAAGCUGUUGAAGUUUAUGAAACUAUAAAGAAAGCAUUAGUAGAUGAAAGACCAAAAGAGUUCAGUGACUGUGUUGCAUGGGCACGACAUCUUUUCCAGGAUUAUUUUCACAAUACAAUCAAACAAUUGCUGUUUAACUUCCCAGCAGAUCAGUUAACAUCAUCAGGACAACCAUUCUGGUCAGGACCCAAAAGGUGUCCGCAUCCAAUAAUMUUUGAACCACGACAGGCUACCCAUAUGGACUUCAUAAUGGCUGUCGCUAAUCUCAGGGCAUAUAUGUUUGGUAUUCCUGGUUCUAGAGAUCCAAAACUUAUUCUUGAUAUCUUAAAGUCYGUCAAAGUUCCUGAAUUUGUUCCCAAAUCAGGACUAAAGAUUGCAACAACAGAUCAAGAAGCUGAAGCAGAGAGGAAUGCAUCAGGAGAUAUUGACAUUGAUGACAUGAAAACAGGUAUUCCUUCACCUGACACAAUCAAGAGUUUCAAAAUGAAUCCCGUUGAAUUUGAAAAGGAUGAUGACAGCAACUUUCACAUGGACUUCAUUGURGCAACAUCCAACCUUCGUGCAGAAAACUAUGACAUACCUCCAGCUGACAGGCAUAAGAGUAAAUUGAUUGCUGGUAAAAUCAUCCCUGCUAUUGCUACAACAACUGCCAUUGUCAGUGGUCUUGUAGCUCUGGAACUCUAUAAGAUCAUUCAAGGYAGUAAAAAUCUAGAAACGUUCAAGAAUGGAUUUAUCAAUCUAGCACUGCCGUUUUUUGGUUUCUCUGAACCUAUUGGUGCACCUAAGAAUAAGUAUUAUGACACAGAAUUCACGCUUUGGGAUCGUUUUGAAGUACAAGGAAUAAAAGAUAAUGGUGAAGAAAUGACGCUUGGAGAAUUUAUGGACUACUUCAAGAAUACUCAUCGUCUAGAAGUUACAAUGCUGUCUCAAGGUGUUUGUAUGUUAUAUUCGUUCUUUAUGCCUCCUGCCAAGCUCAAAGAAAGACUAGCGCAAAAAGUCAGUGAGGCYGUCGUCAAGGUUUCCAAGAAGAAAAUCAARAAUCAUGUAAAACACCUCGUGCUGGAGCUGUGCUGCAAUGACGAGGAUGACGAGGAUGUCGAGAUUCCUUACGUGCGCUACUCUUUUCGCUAAUGUAUUUGUGUAAUAGCUGGCCUAUGCCAUACCGUAGGAGCUCAAAAAUAUUAAAAUAUGUAGUUUGUGUUCA